ACACACGUGAUCAAGGACAGUUGAUUUAGCAACAAGUUACUCAUCCACAGCCCACUUUCUUAUCAUCCAAACCUGGCGAUGGCGUGCUUAGGUGUGCUGCGUGGCCUCGCUGCGGGUUUCGUGGGCCGCCCACGCUAGACGAGCGUUCCUGCUUGUUUAUGGCGUCACGGCAUUGAAAUUCAACUGUGGUUUGCCGGGGCUGCUCGGCACCAGGUGGCGCCAGCGGGCCGUCUUGUGGUCCAGUUUUGGGCCGGAGACGGGUCCACGUUGUUCCCAAAAUCUCCCCCACCCCCCACCGCCCCCCCUCGCAGACUCCCUCGCACACUCCCUCGCUCGCUCAGCACAACAGUACACGCCUAUCCAUCUUCCUCCAACCCCGGCCAGUCUCCUGCUCCGUCUCCGGCCCCAAAGCAUGCCCGCACCGGCGCUCCCAGCCUCCGCGCACCUCUGCGUCUUGCUCUUAACCGUCUCGGCGGUGACUGCGAUGCCGGGACCCGCGCGCUGCGAGCGGAGGGACGACCGCGGAGCGGACGUGGGACGCGCGGAAGGCUCCCCGGCGGAUGGAGGUGAGGACACCGAGGGCUCGGAGGGCUCCCCCCGCCUCAGGAGAGCGCUGUCCCGGGGGAAACAAAUGUCCCUGCAAAGCAGCUCGUUCGUGCUCAAAGGAGAUGCGACGCACAACCAGGCGAUGGUCCACUGGACGGGGGAGAACAGCAGCGUCAUUCUCAUUCUGACCAAGUACUACCACGCCGACUCCACCAAGGUGCUGGAGAGCUCUCUGUGGAGGUCCACCGACUACGGCACCACCUACACAAAACUCAACCUGAUGCCGGGGACCACCAUUGUGGUGAGCAGCUUCUACAUCUGCCCGACCAACAAGAAGAAGGUGGUUCUGGUGGGCUCCUCCGUGAACGAACGCGACCAGAUGCUGUUUAUCAGCACCGACGAGGGCCAGUCCUUCCAGCGGCAGAGCGUCCUCUUCAGCCCGGACACGCUCAUCUUCCACCCGAAGGAGGAGGACAAGCUGCUGGCCUGCUGCAAAGACGGACGGCUGUUUGCCUCCACAGAUUUGGGCCACAAGUGGACUUUGCUUCAGGAGCGGGUGACCAAGGACCGAGUGUUCUGGUCUGUAGCAGAUGUGGAUGUGGACCCCGAUCUGGUGCACAUGGAGAUGCAGGACACAAGUGGAGGUUACCUGUACGUCACCUGUCUCAUCCAGAACUGCUCCGACAAAAUGGUGACCGCUCAGUUCUUGGGUAAAAUCGACCACAAUUCUCUGUCGGUGCAGGGCGACUACAUUUUUGUCAAGGUGACCACAGGGAAUCGCACCAAGCACUACGUGUCGUAUCGACGCAACGAGUUUGUCCAGAUGAAGUUUCCCAAGUAUGCCUUGCCAAAGGAUGUUCACAUAGUGAGCACGGACGAGCAGCAGGUCUUCCUGGCGCUGCAGGAGUGGUACCAGACGGACACGUACAACUUGUACCAGUCGGACCCGCAGGGGGUCUACUACUCGGUCGUCCUGGAAAACGUCCGGAGCACCAGGCAGCCCGAGGACGUGGUCCUCAUCGACAUCCUGGAGGUGCGUGGGAUCAAAGGCGUCUUCCUGGCCAAUCAGCGGGUGGACGGCAAGGUGAGAACGGUCAUCACCUACAACAAAGGACGAGAUUGGCAGCCCCUGACCCCGCCCACCACCAACAUGAACGGCAAAACCAUCACCUGCAAAGCGCCGGACUGCCACCUCCACCUGCACCUGCGCUGGGCAGACAACCCUUACGUGUCCGGUACCGUCCACACCAAAGAUUCUGCUCCGGGUCUCAUCAUGGGAGCAGGUAACCUUGGCUCCAAGCUGGUGGAGUACAAAGAAGAAAUGUACAUCACGUCUGACUGCGGGAAGACAUGGAGACAGGUUCUGGAGGAGGAGCAUCACAUCCUCUACCUUGACCACGGCGGGGUGAUUGUGGCCAUCAAGGACACUUCCAUUCCACUCAAAAUACUCAAGUUCAGUAUCGACGAGGGACGCACGUGGGCGGUCCACAACUUCACCAGCACCUCCGUCUUCGUCGACGGACUCCUGAGCGAGCCGGGAGACGAGACCCUGGUGAUGACAGUGUUCGGCCACAUCAGCUACAGGUCCGACUGGGAACUGGUCAAAGUGGACUUCCGGCAGUCGUUCCCUCGCCAGUGUGCGGAGGACGACUACGAGUCGUGGCAGCUCACAGACCUGCAGGGUGAAAAGUGCAUCAUGGGCCAGGAGCAGACUUUCCGGAGGAGGAAGGACACCGCGUUCUGUGUCAAAGGCAAGAGCUACACCUCGGCUCUCGGGACUAAACCCUGCCAGUGCACCGAGCGGGACUUCAACUGCGACUACGGCUUCGAGCGAUCCCGCGCAGCGAGCGGACGAUGCUUUGCUGACUUUUGGCACCUUCCGGACUCGCCGCCGGAAAACUGCCAACCGGGACGAACCUUCGAGUCGAGCACUGGGUACCGCAAGGUGGUCUCAAAUGUGUGCGAGGGGGGCCUGAACAAGGAGCAAAGCGCCAAACAAAGCAACUGCCCUCUGCUGCCUCCUAGAGGACUACAAGUGGGCAUCAAAGGGCAGAUGCUGGCUGUGGCACCGGGUGAUGACGUCACAUUCAUAGUGCACCAGGAGGAGGGCGACACGAGCAGCACCAAGUACCAAGUGGACCUGGGCGACGGCUUUCGGGCCAUUUACCGGAACCUGACGGUGACAGAUGAACCCAUCCAGCACCGCUACGAGAAUCCGGGAGUUUACAAAGUGUCCGUGCGGGCGGAGAAUGCGGCGGGUCACGACGAGGCCAGCAUGUACAUCCAGGUCACAGCACCUCUGCAAGAGGUUCACCUGGAAGUGAUCCCCAUCGCCGGGAGAAACCACCAGGUCAACCUGACGGCCGUCGUCCUUCCCGCCGAGGCCAACCUGACCGUCUUCUACUGGUGGAUCGGAGACAGCUUGCAGCCAACGUUGACUCUGCGCAACAGCAUGCUGACCAGUUUCCCGGAGGCGGGCCAGAUUUCAGUCAGCGUCCAGGCCUCCAACGGGAGGUCCAUGGUGAAGGAUACCAGGAUGGUCCACGUCUACGAAAACUUCCACGUUAUCCCUCUGAGCUUCAGCGGGCACCUGGACCGCCUCAAUCCCAACAUUCCGGAGUGGCGAGAGGACGUGGGUCAGGUCGUCACCAAGACACUCGCCAAGGUCACAGGUGUCCCCGAGGAUUCCCUGGUUACCGUGGUGAAGGCGGGCAUCCCCACCGCCGCAGACCUGUACGUCCUCCCGAUGGAGAGCGCGCCAGCAAAGAAAAGCGUCUUUCAGGAUAAGCGUAUCCCGGCCAUCAUGCAAGCCUUCAAAGUCAACAACGUCAGCUUUGUGGUGCGAGGCGGUCUCCAGGUUCUGGUGCUGCCAGCGGACCCAAACGCAGGGCUAGGUCUAAAUGCUGUUGACUCCACAGCCACAGCAACAGAAAUCGGUCACGGAGCUGCCGGCGGUCCCGGCGUCUGGGCCGUCGCCGUCAUUUUUCUUGUCAGCAUCGCGGCCACGGCCUCUUUUAUCCUCUACAAGUUCAAGAGUCCUUGGCUCAGGACUGAGGAGGUCUAUCCCCCGCUGUUUUUCAGGAAGCUGCCGGGCAGCCGCAGCGUCUACGCCCAGAUGCACAACGAGAAGGAGCAGGAGAUGACCAGUCCCGUCAACCACAGCGAGGACACGCAGCACAUCAUCCAGGGCGAGGAGUUCAUCGACGACGACCUGGACUCACAGACGCUAGGUAAUGCGAGAGGUAGCCCAACCUUCCGGUCCCUCAUACGGACGACCACUAACCACUGCUACUAAACACCGCGCCGCUAAAACACACGCCAAGGCAACCAUUCAGGUGUGGUCCUGAGUGUCGACUCCAGAGAACUCCACAGUUACCUGAGCAGCUGAUUGCUGCCAUGGCGACGGCUCUCGCCAACACAGGGAUUUCACUCCGCCUUCCUCCUCCUAACCGGACUCCGCCCCCCGCCCUACACACACACACAUACCCCCCGACCCUUGUUGGCAUCCUCACUUCCAAACUGGGAGAUGGAUACCCCCUUUCAAACGGGGGCAGCCAGUAGUUCCAACCUCCUCCCCUCCUUGAUCAUUAACAGAAGUCAAAAUGGACUUGUUGAUGAAGAUUGGCAUCACGCAGGGAAUGUCUCGUAUUUUUUUGCUCAAUCGGCCUAUAUUAGGCCCAGCGCGCAGUGGAAAAGGUUUGAUGUAAAUGUGUAAAUCUGAAUGUCCACUUUGUUUCACUUGGGUGUUUUACACGUGUGUUCUUGUUCUUGUUGUUGUUUGUGUUGUUGUUGUUUUUUUUUUUUUUUUUCAAGGUGUCCUUCUUGCAGUGGCGGGCUAUGCAUUUGGUACAGUGAGGAACCAUCAAUAUUAGUCAUAAAACACAAUGAAAUAGUGCGCAACUGUGGCACGUACGUCAUCGGGAGCAGUUCGCAAUCACAAUGGUGAAUGCUCUGGGCAAAUUAGAUUGACAUGGCAACACAGAGAGGCUGGAAUCUGAUUGGACAAAAAAAAAAAAUAUGACAUCCAAACACAAGGAAGCAGUGCAGCUAAGAGAAAUGCUUUGAAAUGAAGACUGUCGGGAAUACGUGUCAUGAAAUAGUGAGUAAAUGUAGGUCAGUGCUUCUGAGAUGGCCCGCCGCUGCCUUUUUGGGUUGGACAAAGCACUUCCUUCUUCACAUGUAUUUUAUUUUCCACUUAGUCAUGUUUUUGUGUGGGACAGACUGGGACUAACGUCAACCAAUUUUGAUACAAUUGCAGUGAAUACGAUGAAUAUGGUUAUUUUUGAUACACGCGUUGUCAUAUAUCUCUGGAGACACUUUUUGGAAAACUCUCCACUGUGUGUGGCUGCACUAAUGGUGUUAAGACUUUCUGGUCAAAUGUAUUGGGACACCUCCAGGAAAUUAAAAAAAAAAAAAAAUGGCAAGAAAUUGAUCGCUACCGCUCCUCUGCGAAGACUUUCUACAAGAUUUUGAUGGAUUGUAAUUUCUAAUUGAUGAGUUGCGGCAGUGGGUGUCCCAACACUUUUGAUAGCAGAGGAGUUGACUCAAUUUCAUGUUUGUGUACAUAUUUUUUUCUGCUUGCCCUUUGUUUCUUUAGUGGUGUGUCAUUGCCCCAUGUAAUAAGGGAGCACAUGGGGAUAAUGGACUUCCGGGAAGGAUAUUCACAUGUGAUGGCACCGCUGACUUCCAAGCACAGACUCUGCUGUUGUUUUUCCUCCUCCUGGUGAUUUGUACAGUUUAAGUCUUCCUUUUUUUUUUUUUUUUUUUUUUUUGCUAUUAAAACGAUCCAAAUGUCCUCAUCGGGAAGCACAGAGCACUCUGCCUGGAAUAAAUCACUCCCAAUAUAAUAAUAUGCA